AGUUGCUGGAUAGCUCAAAACAGAUGGUGAAUGACUGCUGUAGAAGCUGCAGAAGGACACUUCCAGCUGCUCGCAGUGUCUGAGGUGUGUGAUCCCAGGCCCAGAGCACUGAGGAUGGAGGUGCCUGAACAAAGUUGGAAGAAAGUGCUUUAUGACGACCAGAGUUUUCCUGACAAUUAUGUUGACCAGUCGUUUCUGGGCCAGCUGCGUAAAAAUGUGAACCUGGUCCAUUUCAGCCUGACUGAAGCACUCUAUGGUGUCACUGGCAUGGUGCAGCAAAUUUGCCGCAACCAUGUCAAGACACUAAAGCCAGCAAAGGGAGGCCUGCUGCAUCCAUCAGAGCUUUUUGUUGGGUUGGCCUUGCUUGGCUGGCCAACAUACUUGCUCUAUGCGUUUGUGCAGGAAAGGAAAACUGGUGAAGUGCUGGAAGACCUUCGCCGAGCAGCCAUAUUUGUGGCAUUUGGAUCAUCUUUGGCACCUAUCAUGGGUACCCUGACAGAGACCAUAAGCACUGACACUGUGUAUGCUAUGGCUGCUGGGGCACUGCUGCUACACGUGGCCUGCCAUGACUAUACUCCUGGUCCAAGGACGCAAGGAGUUUGCAUAACAGAAGCUCAAGAACCAGCUUCUGAUGAUGGACCAUGGGCUGCUAUAUCGCUAAAUGGUGCUCUCUUUGGCGCGGUGUGCCUUGCCUCACGGCUUACCGGCAGUGGCCCUGUACUUGCCCUCUCUUCCCUGGCAGUUGCCCUUUUUCUGCUGGCUCCUUUGUUGGCCUCCUGGGUGCAGGAUCGCUGGCCUAGGCUACAGGUUGCGCUGACCCUGAUUCAUGGAAUACUGGCAUUGACAAGCUGCUGGCAGUUCAGUCCUCCCUUGGCUGCAGCACUGGCCUUAGCUUUGCUGGCUGUAGGCCUGGUUCUUCCAGGGCAUUUUGUUUACUGCCACCAGUACAGACAGAGUAUCCAUGGCCCAUGGGACGAAGCUGUCAUUGAUGACCAGCAACACUAAGCUGGAGUGCUAUUGAACUCAUCUAAAAUGCAUACCAGUUUUGAGGACCAGAAGCUGCAGCAUAGAAAUGCAACUUGGCAUGAAAACACAGGACCAGAAGCUGCAGCAUAGAAAUGCAACUUGGCAUGAAAACACCAGCAAGUUGUGUUGCUGUGUUUAAGAUCACGUGCCUUCUGAUGUUCUGGUCAGAUGCCUUCUGGUGCAGUUAUGACAACAGAUGUUUUACUGUCAAAUGGGCAAAUAGGAGCGCUCAGAAAUGCUCCAGAAACGCCCUCUUCAGCACUCAUGCCAGUCUUGGCAGUGCCACAGAGGAUGGUGCGAGCAUGUGCAAGAGUACAUGUUAAGUGCGCACCAAGCAUGACUGAAAAACCAAUAUCUGCAGUGCUGCAUGAUGUUAUUUCUUUUGUGCGGUGAAACACAUGGCAUGAUAAGUUAGUGAAUGUCUAGCUCCUUUGUCCUAGCACCAAAUUCUGUUCUGUGCUGGUUGUUGCAAGUAACAUUGGUGUAACAUUUAUCCUUGGUAAAUAUGUGUGGACAUGAAGCCUGAAAAUUAAGUAUAAUGCACCUGUAGUUCAACCUCUGUAGCCAAAACCUUACUCAAAAUGAGGUUUUUCAUGCCAUAUUAAUAGGUGUGUUUGAAUAGAAGAAUUUUCUAAUCAAAUUGAAUACAAAGAUUAAGAAAAAUUCUCCUUUGAAUAUUAAAUCGAGUACCAAAUAUUUCCUAGAAAAAGAAAAGAAAGAAAACACCACAAUGAAUUUUGCUAAAAAAUAUUUUGCCUAACCUGAUAUAACAAUAAGCAGGAAACCAGAGUAAGAAACAGCCUUAAUUUGGUAGCUAUAAAUUUGGUAAUAAGAUAUUGCAAAAAAGGAUAGAAAAAAAAAAGGAAGUGCUGUUCCAAGAACUACCGCAAAUUAAAACUGGUGCCACCGAGUAUUGGCUCAGUAUUUCCUGUAGAGAUGGAUUAAGAACACAUAUUUGCGGUGACCUUGCAUUAUUUUUUUCACCCAAAGUGCACUAACAAUUAUUCUCAUUGAGUGCUAUUUGAAACAGACAAAUAUUUGAACAUUUUUAGAUCAGAAUCUCAAAUCAAGCAUGACUAGAAUAACAGACUAUUCAAUACAUGACAUUUUGAAUAUUCACAACUCCUACAUAAUAGUCUAACUUUAUAUGUUCCUAUAAUAGUCCUGUUGGCUACCACACUGAAAAUGACCAUUCUUAAAUAAAAUUUUAAUAGAAA